UCUCUCACCCACUCCAAGUCUCUAGACGACGCCUUUUACAGGACACCGUCGCUCUCUGAUGUAGUACCGACAUGUCCUCUUUCUCCGCGUAAUGGUGACUCCUGAGACUGGCGUCGAGUCGAUUCUCAGCCAUAGAGGAAAGCCUGUCUCCUGUGCCCCUAUAAGAGAUGGAUCCCGACGAGUCUGUGUCUAGGGACGAGGUCCAGUCUGCCUCCGAUGAUGGCUGGACGGCGGACGAGGAUGCUCCGAGCGUCAGCGCCUCCUCCGGAAUUAGGUCAAUAUCGGCCUCCGAUUCGAGACCUCCUUCACUUAGAAGGGAUGGAGACGGACUUGAAGAGCAUCGUAACAUGAUGCUUGCCAGCUUGCUUGAGGACUACUACCGCACCCGGGCAGCCGAGUUUCUGAACACCGCCAAUCCUGGCAAAACUUAUACCAGGCAGUCUCCCGAGGCCCAGCCGCUAGCCCGACAGCUCUUUGCGCAAGCAACCAAGACCCUCUCAUCAAAUGGGUUGCUCCCCUCGCUUGCGAUAUCUGACGCGGCACGAAGCUCGCGACGUCAGUACCUAUCGGGGCUGGAUAACCUAGGAGUGGGCUCGCAGGCACCGGCCGCAAGCAUCCUCAACCCGAUGCAUGACUUGGUAUCCCAGGCAUCCAAACUUACCCUUUUCCCACACCCGACCAAUGACCUACAACUUACCCUACAGUCACCUCGAGUUCCUAGUCACUAUGAAUCGUCAUUCCGAGAAAUCGCCCUACUAGGGAAAGGAGGCUUCGGGAAAGUCUACCAAUGCUACAGCCCCCUGGACCAAGGGACGUACGCCGUGAAAAAGAUCCAGCUUUCCCCGAAGCUCGGGGGGAGGGUUCUCGAUGGAAGAUUCGAUGAACUGCAGCACAUACUGCGUGAGGUCCAGGCCCUGGCCACGUUAGAUCACCCUAAUAUCGUUCGCUACCAUGCUACCUGGUUCGAAGAACGACGUCAACCACCCACAACCGCAAACACGAAGGGUGCUGACAAUGAAAGUCCUUCGAUUCAACGCCGGCAAUUCUUGUUGGACAGUCACCCUUUCUCCGAAGGGUCGCUAGACGUGCCCCAGCCAGAUUCUAGUUGCGGCAUUGUCUUCGCUGAAGACACUCCGUCUCUUCCCGGCAGUGGCGCCGGUAAGCAACUUGCCGAGGGUCAGGGAUGGUCGGAGCAGGCCGCCUCCGAUCGUGUUGCUGCGGAGACGUUGUCCAUGUCUCAUAGUAGCAAUAUCUUCACGGACGGUAAGGGUUCCCUUCGGAACAUCAACCGGAUAGAGAAAACUUUCGACGCGUCUGGCCACGUCUUAUACAUACAGAUGUCGUUAUAUCCCAUGACAUUAGCUCAGUACAUUUCCCCUUCUUCCGAUGGGCGAGCUACCCGAAGGCAUUGCUUCCAUCUUCUCCCGACCCUCCGGCUACUUCGUGCUAUACACUCGGGACUGCGGUAUAUCCACUCCAAGGGAUACGUGCAUCGGGAUAUCAAGCCAGGCAAUAUCUUCCUUUCCUCGUCCGAAAGCGAAUCCCAAGGCGGAUACUGCGACCUCUCUUGUGAAGUUUGCGAGCGCGGGUCGGAAAGGAUGGUACCGCGAUGGCUGAAUCCGCGCAUCGGCGAUUUUGGGCUUGUGACCCAGCUUGCGCAUGCAGACAUAUCCGUGUCGCCGUAUGUCAGCAACGAUAGCGCAUCCUCGGCGGGACAACUCAUAGGCACUGCAUACUACAGGCCGCCAACCUCGAAUGGUCCCAACGAUGAAAAGGUUGAUAUCUUCGCCCUGGGCGUGGUAUUUAUCGAGUUGUCGUGUCCCUGCAGCACAGCUAUGGAACGGGUGGACAUACUCAAGGGUUUGCAGAUGGGCAACAUUCCGCCGUGCUUCGAGGAGGGCUUGCGGCAAGAGAGCUACUCCGCCGAAGCCUCCCGACAAGCGGUAUCACUGGCACGAGCAAUGGUUGAUCCCGAUCCUCACACGAGGUGGUCGAGCGACCAGGUUGACGACGCGAUCGAAGCCAUCCUACAUACCGAGGGUUCAAAACAUCGCGCUGUGGUUUGGCCCGCUGGUCCUGGACCUGGGUGUACGUCUCGCUGCCAGGCAUUGCAAUCGUCAUUAGGGCCUUGGGGGAAUCGAGUGUUCACACGCCCCUCCGGCGACGAAAAGCGUGAACUACUACCCGUACUCGGCCUGUCAUACUGAUAAGCGAUAGCAACAAAGGCACUGCGGCCCGAAAAGGUGAUAAUCGGAACCCUAGUGAAUACUAGAUUGUCAGAUUCGCGUUCUACCACUCAACUACUCUCUCUAUGGGUCGUGCGCGUGUAAUAGGUACCACGUUUGUGGGAAGCCUCACACAUAGAUCUCUCCAACUCUCCCUCUCUUAGGUUUAGAUCAU